AUGUUAAACAUGUUCAGACGUUCAAUCGGCAAGUCGCUGCGUUUAAACCGUGCUUCGAAACUAACGCAGAUGGAAAACGGCCAAACUCCCAACGAAAAGUACCUGCACGAUUUUACUUACCAUGGAAAGGAAUAUUCGGUCAGCGAAGCGAAAGAGGUCUUAUCCCCAUAUUUUGACGGCAGCGGAUCCGUGGACUUGGAAAAGGACGAUAAUGGCAUCGCCAAAAUCUGCUUAAACAACCCUCGUCUCAAGAACGCCAUAAGUGUAAAAAUGAUGUCAGACCUAGAUGAGAUCACAGACAAAUUGUACCAGUGGACCGAAUGCAAAGGAGCAAUUUUGUAUGGCACUGAUGGGAAUUUCUGUUCUGGAGGAGAUUUGAAAUUAGCAAAAAAAAUGAACAACGCGUCUAACGGAUAUGCGAUGUCUGUUUAUUUUGGUCAUAUUCUCGACAAAUUCAAAAAGCUACCCAUUAUUACAGUCGCAUAUAUCAAUGGCACGGGUGCGUUUGGCGGUGGCGCCGAAGUGACCACGGCGUGCGACUACAGGCUGAUGUGCAACGUUGCCGAUACAACAGGCAUAGGGUUCGUUCACUCGAAAAUGGGCAUUGUUCCUGCUUGGGGAUCCACCGGCCGUUUGGUGUCGAUCAUGGGGGGCGCCAAGAAGGUAUUGGACCUAUUGCUGGAGGCCCGGACUCUGAGCGCCGCCGAGGCGAUGGACUUGGGUCUGGUGGACGGCACCGUGGCCACUUUGGAGGACGCUGGAGCGUGGCUAUCCGGCAAGAUCAGCAGGGACGUGAACGUGAUCCGGGCCAUCAAACGCACGGUUCUGUGCUAUGACGACGACGACGAUUCCAAGGCGGAAGCACGAGAGCUGGAGCGCAGGAUAUUCGCUCCACUCUGGGGUGGCACCGCCAAUCAGGCAGCACUCCAACUGCGCCUGAAGCACAACAGAUGA